ACCGGCUCAGGGUUGACUCAGCCUUCCAUCCUUCCGAGGCACUAAAUGUGGCAGCACUGAAGCUCCAAUGGAAGAGAUGGCUUCCAGGGUUGACACAUCAGAUUUUAAAAGGAAGAUGGAAAGCAGCUUGGGUUAUGAAGAUGAUAAAGAGCCUGGAAAUCAAGCCUUGCUGCUUCAGGGUUCUGUCCUAUACUCCUUCCGCAUUUUUAAUAUCUCCAUCAAACCACUGGUCAUUCACUAUGAACUGUUUGCAAAACCGACCACGGAGUCCACGGCCUUCUUCCUCCCCCGCUCCCUCCCCCACUUAGGAAAUCCCUCGUUGUCCUGGCGCCGCUCAUUCUGCAGACUCCAUUUCCAUAUCAUCUCUGACCGAAGGGAAGCUAAACCGCUUGAAAAGCCCGCCUCGUCCACGACCCCCCCCCCACCCCGCCCGCCAACGCGCGUCCUCCACCGGGCAUGCGCAGUGUCUUUCUAAGCCGGCGUCGUUAAAUAUCGCGAGAUCGAAUGCGCUCGGCGCGGGCUUUAAGCCUAAGAUUCAAACACAGGUUCGUCGGGGUUGUUGCGUGUCUUAGUCAAAGGCGAAAGAGGUAGAGGAUCGUAGAGUAGAAAUGGAACGUAAUCUAAUUAGCAUGAAAGUAAAAUAUCAGUCAUUGCAAGAACAGCAUAAUUUCACCAGAAAACAGUUGCAAAUACUCGAGGAAGCCUGUGAGAUGAAUCGAGAUCUGCAAGUUCAACAUGACCAUGCACUACAGCAGGCCCAGGAUUUUCCCAGUCAAGGCAAUUGUCUAUUUGCUGAGGUAGAGGAUCGUAGAGUAGAAAUGGAACGUAAUCUAAUUAGCAUGAAAGUAAAAUAUCAGUCAUUGCAAGAACAGCAUAAUUUCACCAGAAAACAGUUGCAAAUACUCGAGGAAGCCUGUGAGAUGAAUCGAGAUCUGCAAGUUCAACAUGACCAUGCACUACAGCAGGCCCAGGAUUUUCCCAGUCAAGGCAAUUGUCUAUUUGCUGAGGUAGAGGAUCGUAGAGUAGAAAUGGAACGUAAUCUAAUUAGCAUGAAAGUAAAAUAUCAGUCAUUGCAAGAACAGCAUAAUUUCACCAGAAAACAGUUGCAAAUACUCGAGGAAGCCUGUGAGAUGAAUCGAGAUCUGCAAGUUCAACAUGACCAUGCACUACAGCAGGCCCAGGAUUUUCCCAGUCAAGGCAAUUGUCUAUUUGCUGAGGUAGAGGAUCAUGAAGUAGAAAUGGAACGUAAUCUAAUUAGCAUGAAAGUAAAAUAUCAGUCAUUGCAAAAACAGCAUAAUUUCACCAGAGAACAGUUGCGAAGAGUCGAGCUGCAGAUAGCUGCAGAUCUUCGAAGAAUGAUAGGUUCACAGGGAGAACAUGACCAGCUGGACCCUUUACCCAACAUGCUUCAACAAAGAAAUGGUGAAAUAGAAGAAAUGAAAGUGAAACAAUUAGAAAAACCAAUGAAGGUAUCUGAGAACUCAAGAGAGCUGAAACAGUGUAAUACCUCAGAAGAUGCUGAAUUUGAACACGACUAUUAUUUUGAUUUGCUUCAAAUGAAACUUGAAAAUUCAAAUAAGGAGGAAGACAUUUUGAAGAAUGAAUUAUCUUUACAGCGGAUGAAAGCUUUAUUUGAAAGUCAGAGAGUCUUGGAGAUGGAGCGAAAGUUUUUGUAACUGACAAGCAACUUAAAGCUUGUCAGAGUGAGAACACCAGGUCAGUGCAAGACAAUCAUCACAGACCUGCAUCUCUGUACUGCUCAUGCUUUUUCUCUGUACUGCUCAUGCUUUUUCUCUGUACUGCUCAUGCUUUUUGUUUGUUUGG